AUGAACCACGCGCAGCACAGCCCCUACCUCCAGCCCUACCACGGAACAGCAGCAGCCGGAGCAGCCGGAGCAGGAGGAGCAGGAGGCGCCGGCAGCCAGACCAGGAGCGACGACGCAGAUCAGCAAAAGACAACAGUCAUCGAAAACGGGGAAAUCCGAUUUAACGGGAAAGGGAAGAAAAUCCGGAAACCUCGGACCAUUUACUCGAGUCUCCAGCUUCAGGCUUUAAACCACCGUUUCCAACAGACCCAGUACCUGGCGCUUCCUGAGAGAGCAGAGCUGGCGGCAUCACUAGGACUUACUCAGACCCAGGUGAAGAUCUGGUUCCAGAACAAGCGCUCCAAGUUCAAGAAGCUCCUGAAGCAAGGGGGCAACCCCCACGAGAGCGACCCCCUGCCAGGCUCCGCCACCCUCUCGCCCCGAUCUCCAGGCCUGCCUCCUGUCUGGGACGUUUCAGCCUCUGCCAAAGGAGUCAACAUGCCCCCCAACAGCUACAUGCCCGGCUAUUCUCACUGGUACUCUUCCCCACAUCAAGACACAAUGCAGAGACCGCAAAUGAUGUGAGCGGGCCAAGAGCAACACGACGGUCCUGGAGCAGCCGCCCAGUCUGCCAGCCUAGCCUUGCCAAGAGGGCCAGGCCCCAGGUCCUGGGGGCAAAGUGGAGUUGUGUGGCAAAGGAAGGCGGGCCGGGAGGGGGGGUCUUUGCCUCCCCUUUUCCUUUAACCUCAGCGAUUGAUCUCGAACUGAAAGAGACCCACGUCAGAUGCUCCGCUUUCGGAUCUUUUCUUUGGGACUCGGAGGCACCGACCCUCUCUCUGGGAGUAUAAGUCCAAGCAAAAGAACAACAACCACGACAAGAAAACCCAAAAACAACAGGAAAAGGAGGGGGGAAAUGGACACACUUUUCCCACCGGUCCAGGCAACAACUUUUUAAAAAGAACAACUGGUUUCAUGCAAAAGAAGCGAAGGGAAGCUCUCCUGGUUUUUUUUUUUAUUCACCGAACCGAGAUGAACAGAUUUGCAAAAGGGUAGGGAGGGAUCCCUUGUUGUUCCACGGAGAAGAAAACACCGUUUGCAAAAGCAAAACAAUGGAGACGGGGGAGGAAAACUGGCCUAAAACGCCACGUUUUCUCAACUGACAACCAGCUGCGAGGUUGAAUCCAGUCCCUGUCUCGCUUUUUCAAAGCUACAAGGCCUCUGAAAUAACUUGAAAAAAGAGGGAAAUGAUCCGGUUUGCCACCACUUUAACGGGCAUGGCUCAAUGCUAUGGAAUU